GCUGCUUGCAAAGUGGAAACGUGUCAUGGAGAGGGGCAAGCGAGCCUCAACAUCACGGCCCGAGCGUUUGGCCAUGCUGGAGUUUCUGCGCAUACCCGACAACUUCAAUCUAUUGACAGGGCAGGCAACAAAAGGUAAUGAUAUGAGAGGAGGGCAGAAGCUGACACGAGCGCAUGGACAUGCGCGGCUGGCGGAGUACGUCAACGAAGUCCUUCGAGACACUGUGGGCCCUUGGACAACUCAGGACGCUCGAUCCAGGUAUAAUGCCUACGUCAAGUCAUAUCGACGUGCAGUUCAUUGGGGUGGGCCGAACAAGAGUGGCCGAGGAUUGACCGACAUAGACUUCAAAAAAAGUGAAUAAAUUGUAAAUGUAUUCGGCUUACGUGUUUGUAGAUAUCUUUACGAUCGAAAGCAAGUUGGACGCCAUUUGCCCAUUGCAAAACGAGAUGGAUGCUCUGUUUGGGGAGCGCCAAAACUUUCGACCGUCGUACAUUUUGGAAACAAGUAGUGACCAAGAGGAGGAAAGCAGGCAUGCAGAUUAUUCUUCCGUCGACCUUGGCAGCGAUGACGAAGACGCCAACCACGACCCGCAUGAUGCCGCGGACGACCCUGACACCGAGACCUACUGGGCCAGAAACGACGCUGACGAUCCCGGUCGCGCCCCGGCCGACGACAACGAUCCUGGUCGCGCCCCGGCCGACGACGACGACCCCGGUCACGCCCAGGCACAGCCAUCAAAGAGCAGGUCAAAAGCAGUCCUUCCGCGCAAGUUUCCAACGGCAGAAAAGCGGCUGACCCCCCGCAAGGAUUUCUCGGCAAUCUACAUGGACGUACAGAGUCAGGCGACCCAGCUGGAACGCGAGAAGUUUGAGUACAUGAAGGCGAACGACAAGGACGCACGUUCAACGGCAGCUGCUCUCAACAUACGGCAAGCGAGGGCGUCGCUUGUAGAAAAGCUAGUGGCAUCAGGUGUAGUGGACCCGGAAACAAUUCGCGAAUUAGUUUCAAUUGCAUUUGAGCAAGAUUAAACAAAUAGAUGUCAUGAACGUUUUGUACAA